AAACCAUCUCACCCAUCAAACCACCUCACACCAUUGCAUCGCAACAACCGACAAACCACACGACUUGCGUUGAUGAUCAUCGAACACCAUAUUUGAGGUCCAUCAUCCACAACAUCCCCUUUCCUACAGACCUCCGACUACGUCCUCGAACCAAUCCGCAUCCGAUCCCUCCAUCCUACCCUUGUCGGCACUCGGACCCAUUUCUGGCAUAACACAUUGGAAAAAGCAGAGGUUGAAACUGUUGGCAGCUGAACAGUGCAUAUCGAGAAACUAUCCAUCACAAAAGACUCCCUCAUAGUUGAAAAUCAGUGCAACUCUCAACACAUUACUCAAUGGCCGACACUUCAUCCGCACCCAAGCCUAGUAGCAGCGUCAAGCUUGUGCUGCUCGGGGAAGCAGCUGUUGGAAAGUCAUCUUUAGUCCUACGGUUUGUCAACAAUGACUUCCAGGAGAACAAGGAGCCGACGAUUGGUGCCGCAUUCUUGACACAGAAGAUCUCUUUGCCCAACCGAAUCAUCAAAUUCGAGAUCUGGGACACCGCUGGUCAAGAGCGUUUCGCCUCUCUAGCACCUAUGUACUACCGAAAUGCACAAGCUGCGCUUGUUGUCUACGACCUGACCAAGCCUACCUCUCUCACAAAAGCUAAACAUUGGGUGGCAGAGCUACAAAGGCAAGCUUCACCAGGCAUUGUGAUUGCUUUGGUCGGCAACAAACUCGACCUUUGCGCGGAAGCAUCAGGUGACUCUGAAGCUUCGCCAGAGGAUGGCGAAGACAACGAGUCCAACACGGAAGCCGAGCCUACUGACGAUGGAGACGCGCGCAAAAUCUCGACAAGAGAAGCUAAAUCAUAUGCCGAAGAAGAAAACUUGCUGUUCUUCGAGACGUCUGCAAAGACAGGCACAAACGUGGCUGAAGUGUUCUCAGCAAUCGCCAACGCUAUCCCAGAGACAUCACUAAAGGGUGCGAGGGGAGCCAAUAGCGGCGGCACCCAAGCUGCGUUGUCUGGUGCCGCCAACCGAGCAGAUGAAGCUAGAGUCAAUUUGGCGGAUCGGGCGAAGCAAAAGAGCAAUGACUGUGCUUGUUAAUUGGGAGGAGACAGUUACGGUCAUCGACAUAUCAGCAGCCAGUGUGCACCACAGGAGCUGGUUCACAUCGACUCCAGUCGGUGGUAUGAUUUGGUCCGGAAAUGGAACAGGCAGGCCAGCCUGACAGCAUGGAGGACGACGAGGAUGUGUGCAAGGGAUUCUGAUUAUGCGUCUCAAUACUUGAGUUGGAGUCUGUGUAUAGCGAACAUUGAAAAUCAACCGAUUCAGGUAUCUCAGGAAUGUCAUCCGAAGCAAGAAGCAAGAUCAAUCCUCACGAUUGUGCAGAGUCUGUGAUGCUCGACCAUGUUAAACUCCUACUUGACCCAUCAUUAUCCAUGCCUAAAUCUAUAUUAGUAUCAGCUAUUCU